UCUCACCAUCCUCACCAUCCUUGGUCUCACCCCCUCAUCCUUCCUUCCUCUCUUCCCCCAAAUCUGGGGUCUACCCCUACAUUCCCAGGGCUGCAUUCUGGUCCCCACAGCCCAACCAGACAGGAGGUUUCCUGGGGCCUGUGGAAAGCCUUUGGGUUGGAGAGGGGGUGGAAUCCCCAGGAACCCUGGGGGGCUCGCCUCUGCGGUCGCAAAGGCGAGGACGGGGCCAGGGACAUCGAGUGACCGGAUUGGUCAACUGGGCACGAGGCGCGAUGGUUCCGCCUCCUGGUUGCCAGGGCUCAGCCUAUCCGAGCCCAGGCGGGCCUUGGUCGCCAGGUGGUUGGGGUGGGGGCCCCAGCAGGUGUGUGUGGCAGGGGUUGGGGACCGGGGUUAGGCUGAGUCCUGGACGCCGAGGGAUACCCCCCGAAGCCCCUCCAGUUGGGUGUCUGUGGUCCUCAGACGCGGCGGCGAAGCAGCCCUUCCCUCCUACGCGCUCCCCACCGCCCCAUUCGGCGCGCUCCCGCCUCUGCCUCCCGGGUCUGCAUCCAGCGCGCGCUCCCCCUUCUCCCCCGCCCGCCGCCGAGGGGCGGGCCCGCCUCCCCGCGCCGCCGUCCGCCGCCCCCUCCCCUCGCCUGCCCUCCGCUCGAGGCCGCCGCGGCGCUCCCACCCGGCCCCACCCCAGGCGACCCAGCGUGGAGCGGCGGGAGGCCGGAGCCCGAGGUGCGAGAUGGACAAGAGGGACAAGUCCAGGGCAGGGGCCGCCGGUCGGACGCCCGCUUCUCGCCCUCCCGGCCUUCCAACCCCCAAGCCCCCAGGGUCUCCACGACCCCCUCCCCCAGUAACCAGCGCGGCUCUCCGAGUUCUGGGAGCAGCGGGAGCUGCAGGGCGAGGGCCUCUGGCAGAGCGAGCCGGGGGCAUCCGGGGAGCGGCUCUCCCGGCGGCUACUCCCCGGGUGGGACCGACGCGGAGCGCUGGGACAGGCCCCCGGAGCCCAGCCUCCAGGCCCCCAGCGGCUGGGAGAGGGGAGCGGGCCCCUGCCAAGACCCCAGGCCCAGGCUGUAUCUCUAGCUCCGGGCGUGCCAGCGGGCCCACCAGGCCAGGCCCUCUUGGGCAGAAGGGGCUCCGCCCCCCAGCUGAGGAACCUGUGGCCAGAGGAAAAGCCCCAGAGGCUCCCAGAAGGAGCGCCCUGAGUGCCGGGGCACGGAGAGACUCUUCUGGGUCCAGCCCAGCCGUGUCCUCCCCAGCCAUCUCCCGUCGGUCCCGGGCCGCGGGCGCUGAGGUGGGUGUGCCUCGGGCAGCUCCGAGUGCCCGGCCGCGGCCCCCGACCGACGCUUCCAGGAAAUCAGUGAGCGGCGCCCCAGAGCGCAUCGCCGCGGAGCCUAGCCCUGCCACCAGGAGGCGACCCAGCGCCGGCGGGGGCCUCCAGAAGCCAACCUCCCGCCCUCUGGGCUCCAGCGCCACCCCUCUGUCCUCCCCAGCCCGCUCUGGGACCUCCGUGGCUGGGACACCCCGGGCUCUGGGGCAUCCCUCGCAGCCCAAGUCCAGAGGACUGCAGGCUCUACGCCCCCCGCAGGCCACACCCCCGAGGAAGGGAGCAGCCCCCGUACAGGGUUUUUCUCCUCCUUUGGCCACCUCCUCCCUACCAGGUCCUACUGCACCUUCUCCCCGUAUCACAGCCACUCCCUUGCGGGACUCGCUCCCCUUGUCCCCACCGACCACGCCCCCUUCCCAGGCACUAAACGCUCCUUUGGCCACGCCUCCUCCACUAGCCCCUCCUCCCUCUUCUCCACCCUCUCUGCAGACACACCCCUCUCCGCCGACCACACCUCCUUUGCAAGCUCCACCCACACAUGUGGGUACAUCUUUUCUGGAGUUCUCCGUCUCUCCCUUGGCCACGGCCACUUUUCUGGCUUCAGGCCCUCCAUCAGUUUCACCCGCUCCGCAGAGUAUGCCCCCCAUUGAGGCGUCUUUGGCUUUACCCCCUUUUCCAGAUCUCCCCUUUCCCUUGGCCACACCUCCUUUGUCAGGUCCUCUACCACCAGCCACUGCCGUUCUACAAGCUCCUCUAUCUCAAGCAACAUCUCUGAGGAAAACGCCCUCUCCCCUAGCCACACCCCCUCUUCAGGCUCCUUCCCCUCUGCCCAUGCCUCCUUCGCAGGCCGGUCCUUCUCUGUCUCCACCUCUUCAGGCCAUGCCUUAUACACUGGCCACGCCUCGCACACAGGACUCUUCUCUGACCACAUCCCCUCCACAGAUCUCUCCCUCUCCCUCUCGUCUGACCACACUCUCUCUGCAGGGUCCCCCUCUAAGCUCGCCCUCUCCUCCGGCCACGCCACUGGCCACUCCCCCUCAACAGGCCACACCUCCUAUACAGACCCCACCUCUGGCCUCACCGCCUCUGCAGGACCCUCCUCCUCUGGCCGUGCUUCCUCUACACACUCCACCUUCUCUGGCCACGCCCCCCUUACAGGCCUCUCCCUCUCAGAGCCUGCCUCCUCUGCAGGCUCUGCCUCCUCUAUCCUCACCCCCUCUGCAGGCCCCUCUCUCUCCCCCUGCUUCACCCCCUCUGCAAGACCCUCCCUCUCCCCUGGCCACGCCCCCUCCGCGGGCUCCACCUUCUCGGGCCUCACCGCCUCUGCAGGCCCCUCCCUCUCCCCCCGCAUCACCCCCUCUGCAAGUCCCUCCCUCUCCCCCUGCUUCAUCCCGCCUGCAAGUUCCUCCCUCUCCACCCGCUUCACCCCCCCUGCAAGUCCCUCCCUCUCACCCCGCAUCACCCCCUCUGCAAGUUCCUCCCUCUCCCCCCGCUUCACCCCCUCUGCAAGUCCCUCCCUCUCCCUCCGCUUCACCCCCUCUGCAAGACCCUCCCCCUUCCCUGACCACGCCCACUCUUCGGGCUCCACCCUCCCUGGCCUUGCCCACUUUGCAGACCCCUCCCUCUGCCCCUGCCUCACCCCCUCCGCCAGCCCAACACCGCCCCCCAACCCCGGGUCCCGAUGUCCCAAUCUCAGGCCCACGGCUGACCCUGGCGCUGGCCCCGGGCCCACCGCCGCCGCCCUCGCGCAGCCCGUCCAGUACGCUGAGCGGCCCGGACCUGGCGGGCCACAGCAGCAGUGCCACGAGCACGCCCGAAGAGCUGCGGGGCUACGACAGUGGGCCCGAGGGCGGCGCCGCAACCUCCCCGCCUGCUGAUGCAGAGCUCGCCGCCUGCCACCCGGCAGCCUGGAGCCGAGGUUCCGCUCCGCCUCUGGCCAUCCGCAGUACCCCAGGAGCGCCCCUGCCUUGGUCCCCUGCUGCGGGGUCGGGCUCCACGGACGGCUUGUGCACCAUCUACGAGGCUGAAGGGCCCGAGUCGGCGAGCCCCGCCACAGGCGCGCUGGAUCCGGGGCCCGGGCCAGGCGCCAGCGGUGGGAAGGCGGCGGCUGGGGCUGGGGCUGGAGCGGCCUCGCGGGGCGCGAAGCCGGCGCGCCUGGGCGAGCUGCCGCUGGGGGCGCUGCAGGCGAGCGUCGUGCAGCACCUGCUAAGCCGGACGCUGCUGCUAGCUGCGGCCGAAGGUGCUGCGGGCGGCACCGGUGGCCCAGGGGGCGCGGGGGGCGGCAGCAGCGCUGGGGGCGCCCGCACUGCGCUCAGCGACGCCGAACUGGGCCGCUGGGCCGAACUAUUGUCUCCCCUGGACGAGUCCCGCGCCAGCAUCACCUCUGUCACUAGCUUCUCCCCGGAUGACGUGGCUUCCCCGCAGGGUGACUGGACCGUGGUAGAGGUGGAGACCUUCCACUGAGCCAGAUCCUAGCCCCUCCCACCCACCCCACCCCUGCCUUAGGACCCUCCCCUCAAGUUACACCUCUUUGUCUUAGAUCUCCCGCUCCCCUCCUCCCUGUGGAUUGGUCUCAGCCCCUUUAGAGCCCUAGAAUUUUGGCCCAGGCUUGCGAGCCACCCACACCUUUGGCCAAGGCCCUCCCCUUGAGCCCCGCCCCUUUGGCCUAGGACCAGCUCCCGCGCCCCUCGAGCCCCGUUCGUCCCUCGGUCUAGGCCCUGCCGGUGUCCAGUGUAUUGUCUACCGCGUACAGCCCGAGUUUGCAAUAAAGGCGGGACACUGAAGCCUGUUCACUUUCGCCUUCGCGGUUGCGGCCUGCUGGACUCCCGCUGCGCAGAGGACGGCAGGGCGGCGCGAGGGGCCGGGGCAGGCCUUGCUGGAGACUGUGCACAACAGAAGCUGCUGCCUCCCAGCCUACCGUCCCAAGAGAAAUCGGUGCUGUUGCAAUGGGACACUGUCACCUCCAUCCCUUGGAGCCAAUCAGAUAGGUGGCAAACGACAGAGAUUCCCUUCCUAAGCUGAGCCCUGGUGAGGACCCAGGCAUCCUUGUUUCCAGAUGCUGAGACAAGCCCGAGGGGGACCCCCACUGCCUGGUUCAGUUCUGUCUCUGCACUGACCCCCAAGACUGUAAUCCAUCUGAUGGUGCCUCUCUCACCUAAGCCCUCCAUGGCUCCCCAGUGCCCUCAGUUCAAGAACCAGGCACGGAGGCAGAGCACCCAGAAGGCCUCAGAAGUGUGUGCUGAAUGGAGGAAACUAGAUCCUGAAUCUUCCUAAGGUCCCGAGACCCUUCAUUCCUCCAUGUAUCUCAGGGCCCCCAGAGUCUCGGUCUCCCGCAGCCGUGACUGCUCCAGCUCCAUCUCCAGGUGGGCCACAAAGUCCUCAGUGAGGCGCGGGUUAUCCUGGGGGCGGGCAGAGGGCUGCGUUGGGCCCCAGGCUGUGGCCGGAGCAGGCAGCCUUCCCGCCAGCUGGCUGUGGGCCCAGGCCUGGCCCCGCCCCCUCCACCUCGAGGGCAGGGGUGAGGGGGGUGGGGGCUCAGACUGUGGGUGGAGAAGGGGGUGAGGAGAAACGCUGGAUCCCCUGGAGGGGCUGAACGCCAUGGGGGCCCUGAUGCUCUGUGUCUAGGGGUCCUGGGAACAGAGGGGACUUUCCAUGGCCUCAGGAUUCCAUGGAAACAAACACCAGUGACUGGUUCCCAGGAUCACUGGGGUGAGGGUGGAGGGUGAGUUCUCUGGGGACCCCUUCCUGCCAUGUGGUCCGUGGCCUAACCACAGGAUGGGGGUUGUACAAGGCAGGUGGGGAAAGAGUUUGCUGAGACUACUUUCUCGGUCAGUGCCCAGGGAUUUCUCAGAGGUACCCUGGCAGGGUCCCAGGGGUGAUAGGUGGGGCCCACAAAGACCUGGCCAUGGGAAUUCCCUGGUGGCCUGGUGGUUAAGACUCUGUGCUUUCACGGCAGGGGGCACAGAUUCGAUCCCUGGUUGGGGAAUUCAGAUCCCACAUGCCACAGCCAACAAAACAAAACAAAACAAAACCAAACCUGGCCAGUGGGGAAGGGAAGCCCUGGGGUGAGAGUGGGGCCUGCAUCUUGCUUCCCUGGGUGGCUUGGCAGGGCAGUUUUCUGGGAGGUUGGCCCAGCCACCCCCUUCCCUGGCUGCCACCCUCUUGCCCUGCCUGCCUAGCUGCCCAGGUGAGCUGCUGCCCUUGACCACUGGGGGUCUCUGAGGUCCGUGGGUGCCAGUGGCUCUUCCUUGGCUCAGAUGGGCUCCAGGCUCCACGUCAAGCUCUGCCAGGCUGCACCUCCUCCAGGGGUCUCUGGAGACCACACUGGCACCUCCUGUACUCCCUCCCUCUGCCUGCAGUGGCCUCCCUGCCUCACCCAGCUCCGCGUCAGGCCCUAAAGGCCAGAGCUCAGAGGCGGCAGGUGAAUGUCUCUCCAGCUGGCCUGAGAGGAGACACCGUGCCAUGGGUGGGGUUAGCCCAGCCUCGGUUUUCCCAUUAGCCUGGCUGCUUCAGUGCCAGGUGGGGCUACAGCACUCGGAGUUGCAGGGAAGGAGGUGGAUGCAGGUGAGCAGUGGUGAAGUUCCAACCCCCUGUCCCCAGGAGUGAAGAACCAACUCGCGUCCCUCAGGCCAGGUCUCCAGGCCUGGGUGAGGGGGCCCUCCUCAAUGAGUGACCCUUCCUUCUCUUCACCCACUGUUUCUCAAGCACCCUGUGGUUUUUCCAAAUCAGGGACUCACCAGCCCCCACCCCCAACUCACUGCCAGGCUCUGCUGGGUUCAGCCCUGGAUGGCAGGGAGACGACAGCAUCCUUCCCUGCCCCUCUGGGGCCCGUGCUCGGGCAUGCAUGCUGAGUUCGGAGGCUGCAGCUGCUGGUGGGUCACCAUGGAAGGAAGGCAGCAUGCUGGGUACAGCUAGAGGAAAGUUCUGGAAGUUCUGAAAGCCCAUGGUCCCUCCCACCACCCAUCCCACCGGCUCAGGCUGGUGGGCACAGGCCAGACUUCUGAGGGCAAAGUGCUGAGCUCUGGAGGGGGUGACCCCCUCCCUUGUUGCAGGUCCUACCCUGCAUGGCUGGUGCCCCUGCCAGGGAAGCUCUGAAACUGAGUCCCCCUAAAACUGCGUUCCCCUGCUGAGCUUCUGAUUAACCUCUCUCUCCAAAACUUUACUGCCUUUCUGUGCCACCCCUGCCCCACUCAGGAUUGACCAGUUUCAAAGAAAAUGGGGGAUUGAAACUGAGCAGGACCCCGUGGGGGCCUUCCUGGGCACAAAAGCCCUUCGGUGUCCCUGUUGCUCAUUUGUAGAAAAAGGUUUUAGUCUCCUAGGCCUUCCCUGAGUUCUCGAGAGCAGCCUGAAGCACUUAAUGACGAGGACAGUAGAGUCACAGGAGGCCCAGGUCCUCCCGAAGGGAUAAAGAUAACCGUCGGACAUGGAUCUUUGAGCUGUCCUGCAGAAACUGGGACCCCCACCCAGGUGGAGGACGGUGACUACAUGCUGACCACAAGCACACAGACCCCAGACUGGUUGGGACCAGAAGGCUGAUGAUUGAGGUUCCCGAAACAUCACCCUGUUACCUCACCAUCAACCAAUCAGAAGGAGGUCCACGAGAUGAUCAUGCAUCCUAGGUCCCUCUCCUUUAACACUGCCUUUAGAAAAAGCCACUGGGGACUUUUGGGGUUCUUUGGAGCGUGAGCGGCCUGUUCUUGUUUGCAAUAAAUGCUGUACUUUCCUUCACCACAACCUGGUGUCAGGAGACUGGCUUUGCUGCAUGUCAGACGACUGGAUUUGGGUUUAGUUCAAUAACAGCCCAAUAGCCCUUCAGAUCCUGGGGAGGCACCGGGGCUCCCCUAAGGAAUCACAGCCCCGUCCGUGGAAGGAGGGGUCCCUGCAGGGACGGCUGGCUCCCAGGGGCUCUUGUGCUGGGGCUGGGGGCUGGAGAGGCUGGCUGCCGUGCUCUCAGUGUGGUAGGCCGGCCGCUCCCCUAGGAGGUGGGAUCGCCCCUGGGUGUGGGGCUGCUCGCUGAAGGUGGGGUUUGGGGAGAAUCUGCACUCUACUCUGGGUCCACUGCCCCCCAGGAAGGAACAGGAGGGCCAGGGACUGAGGCAGGGCUGCUUUGGAGCCAGUUGCUCCAGAGCCCUGCAGGCAGCUGAACACGGGGAGUGGCCUGGACCUCGUGGCCCCGCCCACCCGGCCUGGUACCUGCUGCUGCUGCAGUUGCCGGAUGGUGCUCUGUGCCUUCUGCAGGUCCUCGGCUGCCGAGCUGCACUGCUGCCGCACCACUGCCAGCUCCCGCUUGAUGACGUAGUUCUCCUCGGCCUCCUGCGCUCGUGUCACCUGCCCCUGAGCACAUCGAGAACAGGCUGCCAUGACCCUCUGCUCGCACCCCAGGCUCUGCCUGGAGCCCACCUCAGGGGAGGCCCAGAGAGGGUGGAGGCGGGGCGGAAGGAGGAGGGGUGGGGCCUCCCACACUCAGAGCCUGAUAUGGGGCACCCCAUGAGGCCUGGGGCUGUUGGGGGAGUGGGGGACAGGCAGGAACAGGACACAGGGAGGAACCUGGAGGAACAGACCCACCCAGGGUCCAGGCUCUGGCUCAGCCUCUGUCCCAGGCGAGGAGAGACAAGUCUUUAUCUAGGGCAGACGGCACAGCAGAGACUGGGCUCCGCUGAUGACACUGGACCUGGGGGCAGCCGAGGGCCCAGAGGCUCAGGGCUAGCUCCUUUGGGCCAGGUCAGGGGGUGGGAGACACCUCUCCCUGGGCCUUCUCCAGUCCUGGGCCCCGGGACUUCCACCUGCCCGAGACUAAGCCAUCCCCAGCCUCGUCCCCUCCCCCCACUCAUUUUAGGCCCCCCAUUCCAGGCUCGGAGCCACCAGGUGGUGGGCAGAAGCUUCCAGAUAAAGCCAUUCAAGAUGAAGCAGCAGCAGAAGCAGGUGAGUGAGAGAAGAUGGCAUGCCUUGCAGGUAGGAGCAGAGAAGAGCAUGAGGGGCCAGAAGGGGUGAGUGAGUGUGUGUGUGUGUGUGUGUGUGUGUGUGUGUGUGUGUUGCGGAGGGGCAACUGUGCACACAGCAGGGCCUGUUGCUGAUGCGGCCAGCCUGAGGGUCCCCGAGCCCUCCUGGGUCCCCACCUUUGUCCCCUGGAGGGAGGAAACCCGUGCAUGUGUGUGUACGUACAUUCCCAGACGUGCCCGCACACACCAUGCGUUCACACGCGCGCCCCCUGCCCCAGAGGGAAGCAUCUGUCUCCUGGGAGAAGCGGUCCCCAGUCACCCCCAUGCACAGUGCCAGGCCUGCCCCCUCACCCCCCCGGGAUGGCUGCGGCCAGGGAAGAGGGGGUCUGGUGGCCGGGGGACCGGGAAGACGUGGGAGGGAGAUGAAAAGCUACAGUACCUGGAUUAACCUAUCAGCCAGAGCAGCGCUCUCCUACCCGGCGGAGGGGUUCCGAGCGACAGGGGGAGGAGGCAGAGCGGAAGGCGCGGGGACAGGAGAGGGGGAGAGACAGACAAGAACCACUCGUCACUAGUGCAGUGGACUAUCUCUAGAAGCAGGGAGAGAGGAGUGAGACCGGAGAACCAGAGAACCAGCAGGAGAGGACCCGGAGGAAGACCAAAGCCAGAGCCAGCUCCGUCCUGGAGAGGGGUCUGUGUGUGAGUGUGGAGGGUAGUGCCACCCAUGGGGGCUGCCGGGCUGGGGCCUCGCUCCUGAGUGAGGAGGUGCCAUCCGGGGAGGGGGCGGGGGAGGGAAGCCCUGGGCGCGGCGGGUGCGUUUUAAUUUGGAGGCAGAACACGAAUCAAGGCUUUGGGGCAAGGGCGACACAUUCCACCUCCUCCCUGUGGUCAGUGGAGGGUCAAGCGAGACUGAGCGGGAAGCUGGAAGCAGAGGACCCCCGUCUCGACUCUCAUCUUUAAAAACAGUUUGGGGGCCAGGGUCAAGGCCAUGGCCCGCCCUCCUUUGUGCAAGGCCGCCCCCUCCUUCUCCAUCCUAUCUGCUUUCUUGUGUCAGACAAGCCUGCACCCAGGCAGCCCGGGAAGGCACCGGACACAAAUGGAUUUCUGUGUUUGCAGUUAACACGG